CGGUUGGACUUCAUUGUGUUUGGUUCGAUCGGAAAAUGUGCUAAAUAAAAAAAACCGCAUGAGCGAUUCGAAAUUAUGAUCUGUUUCAUUUAAUGUAAAAAACAAAUAGUUUAACCGAAAAUGCUGAUACAAGUGUUCAUAGUCAUUGGAUUUGUGUGCCUUUCGCAAGGGAAAGAAUGCAAGGACACAUCCAAACCUCAUCAGACAAGAUGCGAUAUGUAUUACAAGUGUGUGGUGCUUCCAACAUCGAAGAACAUUGCUUGGGUUCCAACGAAUUGUAAACGAGGAUUGGUUUACGAUGGCAAUUUGAAAAUGUGUGUGAUGCCAGAUACAAACUGGGAGUGUAAUCUGGGCGACGAGGAUAGGCCGUUGAAAGCUGAUGACAAUAACGUGUACGGGAUAAAUAAUCUCGAUUAUUUGAAUAAGGAAAUUCAAAGUUAUCGUCCCAAGUACGACGAAAAUGGUGAAAAAAUUUUAUCGGACAUCGACAAUUACGACAGUGAUACUAGUGACGGUGAAGAGAAAAUUGUGGUUGUGAGUAGUGAGGACAUUGAUGAGAGUAAUAUCGAAAUAAUUGACGAUUACAAUUUAUCGAAUGAAACCGAAACGAAUGAAAGUGAUGAAGUGGAUUACAGUGGUGACGGAAGUGAUGAUAAUAUUGUUGAGAAAAAAGAAACUUACAUUGCCAUACCGGUCAGUUCCGAUCCGAAUAAAUCAGUAGCUAGUCAUUUACAAAGAUUAUCCCAAUUGAUUCAAAGUCUCCGCGAUUCACAGACGAAUAAGUCGCAAAGCUACGAUCUUGGACCAAACGAACUAAAUAAUUUCCUGGCUCAUCAUAACAUCAAGGUGGAAUAUAACAGUCAACUGGAAGCACAAAAGAAGAAGCAAGCUGUUCCCUUGAAUGAAAAGAAGCAACCGAUUCCGAUGGAUGGGCGGAUUCACCCGGAUCAUUUAAAUGAAAUUUUACAAUUGCAACAGAAGCUGCAGACGUUGAAUGCCAUACAGAAUGGCGACUAUUCAACGACGACCGAACGACCGAUAGAGUACGGGAAAUAUCCGGUCAAAUCAACGAUCCAAAUCAAGAGUCCAAAUCCUGUAAAAAACGUGCGAAUUACCGAUCCCGGUUAUUCCACCUCACAAAUUGUCGUUAACCGUCCCGAAGGCUCUGUGCUCUUCAGUCUACCCAGUAACGGUCAGCCACCUACGCAAUCCCAAUAUCAAUUACAACCAUCAUACAAUCCGAAUCCUUCUCCACCCGUGCAGCAACAGUCUGAGCCAUAUGUGUCACAGGACACACUGAAAACCGUUUUAGAAUUAUCGAAACAAUUAAUUUCCUCAUCAAAUCAUCAGCAAGCCAUUCAAAACUACAUCCCCGAACAAAACUACCUACAGCCGAUAUUCCGACCCAUCUACUACAACAUUCCCAUUCACGAUCUACCCGUUCCGAUUAUCAAUAAUUACGAGAAAAAGGAACCGAAACAUGAAGAUACCAAAGAUGCGGAACCGAAUUAUGUCAAAAUAACGUCCGUCAGUGGAUUCAUCGACACGACACCAAAAUAUCAGACGGAAAAUGACGGCGACAAGCCGUCCGAUGAGCAUUCAACGAUUAUCCAUAAUCACAUACCGAUUACAAUCGAAAAUCCGUUCCAACAGUCGAACAAAAAAUCAUCGAAAGUCAGUGGUCCAACGGUAGCUCCAGUAACAAUUACAACGUCAUCCGGUAUCAGUUCACAGUACGACGAUUAUAAACCUCAAACUUUUGCAGAUGUGUAUAGCAGUCGUCCUUACCGACCAUAUCCCGAAUUUAAUGAGGGCUCUUAUGCUACAUACCUAACCGAACCACAUCUGCCGAACACAAAUCCGACUUAUUCGAAUGCCGCGCAAUAUCCUCAACUAAAUCAGCAAAAUUCUGGAGCAUAUUAUCUUCAACAAGGUCAAGCAUAUCAACAACACCCGUUCUAUCAAGAUCAACAAUAUCCCGCCAAUAGUUUUCCACAAUCGUUCUAUGCACAGCAAACCCACCUGAACGACAAUAAUGUAAAUCAAUUUGUUAAUUUCAAUGCACCACAGUAUCCAACAUUACGGCCGGCAUCAUUACCAUCAACUUACCAGAAUCAAGUUCAAUCCGUAACACAGAAAACUGAACCAAUUAACACGUACCAGGCAUUUGAUGAAAAUGAGAACGAUUCGGAUCAGCAAGAGCCGAACGAUGAUGAACUACCUACAAUGAUGGGUAGUGAUGACGACAAUGUUGAGUACGACGGCAAUGGAAACGAAGAGUAUGAGACAAAUGAAGAGGAUAACAUUGCGGCCGACAUCAAUAAGUCGAACGUGAUGAGUCUAUUAGCAGAUUUACAAAAUAAAAAAAUUCCGACCAUUCAGAAUAAACAGUUACCCGAACGUGCUCCAAUUAAUCCAUUGCUAACUGGUGCUAACGAUGACUCAAAGCGAAAAGUAGUUCAUUUCGGUGAUAAUUUUAUGACCAUCGAAGAAUAUGAAAAAUUGGUGCAACCAUUAAUUGAUCGGAAUGCAUUCAGUGGUGGUGACGUUGACGUAAUACCUUGUGUAACUGGUGCCCGGCAACCGUUGGCCAAGGAUUGCACCAAAUAUAUGGUCUGCAACGGUGCUACCAGUAAAGUAUUAACCUACACAUGUCCACCGUACACGGCGUUCAAUCAACAAACACGCUUUUGCGAUGCAAAAACGUUCAAAGUGUGCAAGAAGGAUGAGUUGAGUGCCGAUUCACCCAGUGCCUUGGAUACGAUAACCGAAAACAAGCGGCUACAGUUGCAACUUGAUAAGGAAUUGGAAAUGGCGCAGAAGGAACGAGAUCAAGCUCUUAAGACACAGCAAUUAACCGCAUUGAUCAAACAACAAACACAAAAUAUCCUAAACUCCCGACCAACUAGCGUAAAACGACCGAUGAGAAACCGCCGAAGAAAAAUCAAAACUACAACUGCAGCACCGCAACCAUAUUAUCGUACGAGACCGACGAAAAAGCGGAAGAACAAACCGAUCAUCCGACGAAUACCGUGUAAAGAACCAUCGAAAGUGGCGGAUUCUUUGUCGAUAUACAAUUAUUUUACAUGCUACAAAGGGAAGGAUGGUGUGCUAGCCGCAAGGAAAAUGACAUGUCCUUCCGGAUUGAUUUUCUGCGAAAGAAUUCGUCUGUGCACCUCAGCAGCAAGGUGUGGUGGUUGAAUUGUGUUCGUAAUUUCUAUUUGAAUUUGAUUAUAGUCUGAUUCGGAAAGGAGAGGCUUUGUUAUAUUAAAGAUUGA